CUUCAGGCAGGUGAACUGGUCACCGCUUUUGUUGAAGCUGCUGUAGUCGAGUGCGUAAAGAAAGUAGUUUUCAAUGCAAACUUUGUAAGGAUGUGGCUGUGUGUCCCGUGGGAAGGUGCAGCUAUUUUUUUAAUGUCACACCCCGUGUCGAGCAGACAGAACGUGUUGCGUCAGGGUUUGUGGAGCGCGGGUAUGUCUAGCGUGUGUGAGCACAUACCCUGAAGUGAACAGGACGCCAUUACACCGUCUGCAACCCCGACAAAGGCUUUGAUCGUCACCUGCGUUGAAGUGUGUAAAGUUUAUAAGCUGACAAGCUGUGUAAACCUCGUAAACUGUGAAGAAAGACGUUUACAGUUGGAGGGUACUGUGAAGGUCUUCACUAAACAACGCGAAGAGGUGCACAGCGAUGUCAAAGGAGAGAGAGGAACAAGAACUAAUCUGGAGGGAUAUUUUCCACAUGUUUGAUCGGGAUGGGAACGGCCGGGUGUCUGCAGCCGAAGUGGGCGUCAUUCUGCGGGGCCUGGACCGGAACCCCUCCCAGCAGGAACUUAAAGACAUCAUCCGUCAGGUGGACAAGAACGGUACGGGUCAGAUAGAGUGGGAGGAGUUCGCCGACUUCAUGAGAAGCAUCAAAAUGGCGACCGCGCAAGAGCAGAUGGAACAAAUUCUGUUAGCCUUCAAGCUCUUCGAUAAAAACAACGACGAUUACAUCGACGCCAAGGAGCUGCUGCGUGUAGUGACGUCGAUGGGGGAGAGACUGACGCAAGAGGAGGCCGAGGAGAUGAUACGAGUCGCUGACGUGGACAACGAUGGUCGCAUCAACUAUAAAGAGUUCGUGAAGUUCAUCAUGGCACCCUGCUUAUAACACGAAGGACAACACUAGGAGAUGUGGGGUGGCUGUCAGGGCUACCCGCUCCCAGAUACUUUCUGUUUCUUCAUCAAGCUGAUAUCCUAUGCGAAGCACGUUUCUAUGGAGUUCACCAACCACCCAAAGGAGCGAAACUCCAAAACAAUUUAACAGUAUACUUUAGAACAACAGCCAUGACAAUUGUAGAAAACAUGGGUUGUUUGCUUGUUUAAGGUAUGGUUUGUUUAGUGUGGUGCUUCCUUAAUGGGUGGUUAAUUAGCGUUCUCCGAGUUGACAGAAAGUGUUCACUCCAGCUGUAGAAAGACCUACUUCCACUAAUAAGUCAGAUAUGAACUACUCCUCGGUGUACGCUUACAGGUGUCUUGUGUUGUAAAUAAUCUGCUCGCCAACUUUCAUCAGAAUUUUAUUCCUUGAAAAAGACAAAGUAUUUUUUUUUCACUUGUGGAACAGUGCAAAACUGAUCCUUUCCUCUUUUUUCAAUGUUGUAACACCAUCUACCACCGAGGACUGUGGCAGUCCAUGAUGGCUGCGUGUGAGCAUGAUGAUAAAAGUGCUGACAGUGGUGGGUGUAUAUUUGUGAUGUUGCUGGUUGGAUUGGAAUUUCAUUGUUGUCAUCUAUGCUAACUCGCUGUUUGAUCAGUUCUCAAGUCAAAUAUAACUGUUUGGCUAAUCUUUGAUGUAAUAAAUAGAAUCAAAAUA